UGUACGGAUGAACGUCGCCUUGCUAUUCACGUUCCCGCCGGGUUUUACUACACGUUAAAAAGCUGUGACUGAGAGAAUUCAAGGCCUAUUAUCCAUUAUCACACCAUUCCCUCUCUUCACUUCACAAUCAUUGUCCUUUUCCCCCAACGCCGGAAAAUCCACCGGAAUCUCGCCGGCCACCGUCCUUUUUUUGUUCUGGAUUACCAGGAGCAAUAUGCUGAAGAAUCAUCAACAGCAGGCCAGGCCUGCUUUUAUAUAGUCUUGCAGACUGGUCAUUGAAUUACACAUAUAGGAUGGAGGCAAGAAGCAACCAUGGAUCAGGAUACCAUGUCUUGGAGCAAAGCAGGCGAGAAAAGUUAAGGAACCAAAACAUUUUAACAACACAAUCGUCGCACCAUUUGGUAGGUGGAGGAGGAGACUGUCGCCCGAAUUUAGAGCAGUUGUCAUUACACCACCACAGCCUGUUAAACGCGGAUCAACAACUCCCUGAUGGUGGUUGGCGUUACGGGAUCGUCCCGUGCGAUUCCCCAUCCAUUUUAUCCUCAGAAAUGCUAUGUUUUCCUCCAAACCCUCAGCUGCGAAGGGACGAUCACUCCCAAAUGCUGAUUCAAGAUUCAUCUACGACAAGCAAUGCUGCUCCAAGGUUUGGUAAAUUUGUCGUCGACAAGGGAGAAUUUACCAACACGUGGAAAAACAUCGAGUCACAUUGGAAAAACAUUGAUGCCAAUCUCACUCCAAUGUUUGGAUAUCAAGAAAUUCAAGAUACUUCACAUUUGAAUUACCCGAAUGCCCUUCAAGAAGUUGUAACUUCUGCUUCUGCUUCUUAUGUUGAUCACUCUAGCCAAACCUUUGUCAAUGCCCAACAUCAACACCAACACCAGCAACAACAAGCAUUGUCUUUGUCACUAUCAUCUGCCUCGCCAACCAAACCUUCAUAUUUAGGGCAUCAUAAUAUGAGUAAUGUUUUGACUUUUACACAUCGAGACUUGGUCCCGCUCGGGCCAUUCACGGGUUACGCGGCGAUUCUUAAGAGUUCGAGGUUUCUAAAGCCAGCCCAACAGCUUCUUGACCAGUUGUGCCAUUUUGAUGGCAACAAAGAACUUGUUGAUAACAUGUCUGAGGUUUGUGGUAAUAUAAUCGAAGAAGAAGUUGAUGAUGAUGUCAAUGUGGCUCUUCCAUGUAGUGGUGGAUCUUUGGCUGUUGAUUCGGGUGGUUCGUCUUCGACAUUGUAUAGUUCGAGUGUGAAGAGUCAUGAGUUCAGAGAUUUGGGUGGCUCUAAUGAGGCCUACAAGAACCAGCCUGAGUUUUUGCAAAACAAGAUCAAGCUCUUGUACAUGCAAGAUGAGGUUAGCAGAAGGUACAGACAGUAUCACCAACAAAUGCAAAUGGUGGUGUCAUCUUUCGAAAGCGUGCCCGGGCUUGGAUCAGCCACGCCAUACAUCCCGCUGGCUCUCAAGUCCGUCUUGCGCCAGUUCCGUUCUUUCAAGAAUGCAAUCUCCCACCAGCUCAAAAGCAUCCGUAAAGCGUUGGGCGAAGACCGUACCAGCAGCAGCAGAGAUCAUCAUAGUAAUCCCACUGCUGGAGGAGGAGGGGGGAGAUCGACAAACUUAAAACUCGUUGAUCCGAAUGCCCGUGGUGGUGGGGAGCGUUUGCCCCGCUAUUUGGAGCCUCCUCAGACGCACAUUUGGAGGCCCCAAAGAGGCUUACCUGAACGAGCUGUGGCUGUGCUUAGAGCAUGGCUCUUUGAUCAUUUCCUUCACCCGUAUCCAACAGACACUGAUAAACAUAUGUUGGCUGCCCAAACAGGAUUAACUAGGAACCAGGUUUCAAACUGGUUCAUCAAUGCUCGAGUUCGUGUUUGGAAGCCAAUGGUGGAAGAAAUACACACCCUAGAGACUAAAACACUGGCAGAAAAUGGUCAAAAGGAUGGAAAAGUCGUUGACGGUCAAAUAGCAACCAAGAGCAAUAUCAGUCAACCAAAUGAAGAUCGGCGGCGGCACCCGAAUCGGCUCGGCCUCUCUAACGACGAAACCCUUUUCUUAACCAGACGGCCGGAAGAAUGCCCCGCCGGGAACAGCCAAUCCCCGGGUUCCCUGAUCAGGGAACAACCCUAUCAUGACACGUGGAAGAACCAAGACAAACGGUCAAGGAUCGACUUCGGUCUUCCGGUUGGUAUUGACAACAGACCGUUCAUGGCGGCGGGUUUCACGCCUUACCAGAGAAACGGUCUUGAAAUGGGCGGCAACGGCGGGCUGGGAGCAGUUUCGCUGACCUUGGGUCUCCGGCAAAGCAUUGAAGGCGGCGGUCAACAUGAUAGUCAACUUAGGCAGGGGUUUGGUGGUCGGAUAAUCCAUGACUUCGCUGGGUAGUUAAAUAGUGUGGGAGUUAAGGUAAGGAAAGGUUAUUGAUGAAAGUCUUUAUUGUCACAUUUUGAAGAAAAAAUUGUUCAAACCUAUCUUUAAAAGUGUUUUUUUGUAAAAUUUUGGGGGCUACUACGACAAAAGAAAACGUGAAAAGGGAAUUAACUACAGAAAUAUCUAUAUGAUUAUAUAUCCUUUUUUUUUGGAACAA